AUGUUGACUAAACAAGUAAAACUUCGCUUUAUAAAAUUAUCUGAAAACGCAAGUAUACCAACUAAAGGAUCUGAAAUAGCUGCACAUGGUAGGGAAAUAUUCGCAAUUGAUAUUCAAAUUGAGCAUCUUCAUGGAUGUUAUGGACGUAUUGCACCACGUUCAGGAUUAGCAUUUAAAAAUGGAAUUGAUGUUGGAGCUGGACUUGUAGAUGAGGACUAUCGUGGAAAUUUAAAAGUAGUACUAUUUAAUCGAUCUGAUACACCGUUUAUAAUUAAGAAGGGUGAUCGUAUUGCUCAAUUAAUUUGUCAAAAAAUUUACUAUCCUGAAAUUGAAGAAGUUGAAAAUUUAUCUAAAACGAAACGAGGAGAAAAAGGAUUUGGAUCAACUAAUAUCAAAUAA